AUGGCGGACAUUGGUGUGGAACUGGACAGACUUGUUGCUGCAGUGCCCCAGAAUCCAGAUGAGCAGCAAAAAGAUGACAAACUGGCACAAACACUGCUGUUUGUCCUGCUGACCGUAGUGCUGUAUGGCAUUGCUGCAGAGGCUUUUUUUAUUAACCUGCUUUACCACCGUGAAUUGGCUAUCUCAAGACUGAACAAUAGAUCAGAACAAGAUGAAUCAAUCCGUGGUUUUGCGCAUCUGACAGGCGGGUCGGUUCAAGAAAACGAGGUGAUGCUUUGGCAUAUAAAUAAUGUCACUGUUAUCAGCAGCAUGGCCUACAAAGACGGUAGGCUUGAAGUUCAGAAGAAGGGAUUUUACUAUGUGUAUUCCAAAGUUUGCUUUAGUGACAGUGGGCUCUGGAACCAGUCACCUGUUUUUUUUCACCACAUUGUUAUGAAAUCUGGUCACCUACAUGGAAAUCAUUAUACCCUCAUGCAGUCACAGAAAGUGUUACGGGUGAACUCAAGCGACUUAAACAACAGCUUUCUGGGUGGACUUUUUCAUUUGCAUAAAGGUGACGGAAUUUUUGUUAGGAUAAGGACGAAUUUAAACGUUUUGCAAUAUAAUGUUUCUGAACAUUUCUUUGGUGCAUUCAUGAUGUAACUUUA